AUGGCAAUGAACACUAACUCGAAGAGAUUGUCGGCCAUGAUCGACUCUCUUCACAACGAAAAAGACGAUGAUCUCCUCUACUAUCGAAGAACGACUCCGCCCAUGCAAAGUACGACUGCGGACGCAGUCAAUGGUAGCACCUCGUCUACCGAUACUUUUCCAAAACCACCAGCAGUUUAUUCAAAUACUGCUAGCGAAAGAGGACCCACAAGCCCCAAUUUCAAAUAUGGCAGUCCUGGGAAUCGAGGAAGUCUUAUCUCAGACUACUCAGCAAGUAUCCAUGAAGGUGUACCCGUUUAUUUAAACCAAAAACCUUCUCAAGAACGUUCAGAUCGUCCCGUUAUCUACUCAGCCGUUAACUUCCCACUUUCGGAAGAAACUGUGAACCAGAAUGGAGAAUUACCGUAUGAACAUGAGAAAAAUCCCCCCAUGGGUACAAGCGGACUUCCGGUACCUAAUUCAAGUGUUGAUGUGGCGAGAACAUACGAACCUAUGGGAAACAGCUCAUUGAAGCUUUCUGCGAGACAGCAUUUUCAUCACAAGAAAAAUUCGACUGUCGGAUCAGGUAACUUGGCUAGCGAGAGCGGCCACUCUCACAAUAUUUCCGAUGUCGCUAGCUCACCCAAAUUUGUCAAUGAAAAGGAGCUCUCACCGGCUUACGAGUACGUUGGAAGCGGGGGGGUUGAGGCAAGCAAAACGCCUUUGAAUGGUGGACCUCAGGCAUUGAAAAGCGAGGACAUUAACGGAAACAAAGCUCUGUCACCAGUCCGCUCGGAAACUGUGGGGUCAGUCGCAAGUUCGGUGAAAGACGCUAGCGAUACACAAUCCCUUGCGUCCAGUAUAGUUCCCUCUCUGCGAACACAUCUGCCCACGGAACGAGCACAAGCUAUGCUUCCCGAUCGCUCGCUGAAUUCAGACUAUAACCCUUCAAUUCCACCUAGGAGUCGAAACCGUCCCAAAUCUCAUCUAUUCAUAAAAAACGGAUUAGAGGACAUUCAAAACCAACUACAGGAGCAAAUGGCACUAGAACAUUCGCGAAGCACGUCCCGCGCUAGCACCAAUAAGUCCAGCAGUUACUUCUCUGCCGUUGAUCCCGCAAAUAGAUAUAACAUGAAUGAUGACGAGGACGACAGUGAGGAGGACCAUUUCGGUAAGCCAGAUGACGAUGACAGUUACCUACACAGGCCUCUACCGACCGUUCCAGCAGAACACUCGAAAAGUGGCCUUGAUCGCAAUGAUACCAUCCUGAUCUCUCCGGCUCCUCAGCCAGAUGCUCAACCCCCACGUAUGCCCAGUUUUCCUGCUUCAUUGUCUCAAUAUCGUGAUACCAAUGACUUGAAUACUAAUGAAAGCUCUAUGCACCCACCAGUUCCUAACGAUGAUGACGACGAGUACGAAGAUAUCUUGGAUGAAAACACUGUAAAUACAGGUGCGCCUCCUACAGCAAGUAAAGGGAAAGCAAACAAAAGCAGGAAAGGUGCCCCUGAUGUGUCCGGACGUAAAUCGCAUGGUGCUCGCAGCGAAAAACGUAAGAGCAGGGAUAGUAGACGAGAGGUAAGAUCUUUCGAUAUCGAUACCAUAGCGCAAAUGCUGGACGUUACGAAAGGUACGAUGAUUGGAUCGGAAUUUGCAAAUCUCGGAAUGCAAACGGAAGAAAAAAGGGCACUGGAACGACUUGUGGACUCGCUUUCGAGGUUAACAGCAGACAUGGUAAUAGACCCAAGACGUUUUCGGGAGGGGAUGAAAAGAUUGGAUAAGGCCACAAGAGCACUGGAGGGUUUUUGA